UAGGUUUAUUUAUAAAUCGCUAUUAAUUUCUUGUGUUUAUCGUUUCGUUUACGGUCAUUCCUUAGAAGGUUCCGAUUGUUUAGUUACGUGACAGUGUUUGUUAUUAAUUAGUUUAAAGAAACACAGUGAAAAUGCCGGUUUUCCACACGAAAACUAUCGAGUCUAUUUUGGAACCCGUUGCACAACAGGUCUCGAAACUGGUCAUUUUGCACGAAGAAGCCGAAGAUGGAAUUCCUAUGCCAGACCUGGAGCAGCCCGUCCGGAGCGUCAGCACUGCCGUGUCGAACCUGGUCAAAGUCGGCAGAGAGACAAUCAACAGCUCGGAUGACCCCAUCCUGCGCCAGGACAUGCCGGCGGCCCUGGUCCGGGUGGAGAGGUCCUCGAAGCUCCUCGAAGAAGCGAGUAGCAUGCUUAAAUCCGACCCCUACUCUUCACCGGCUAGGAAAAGGCUGAUCGAGGGCAGCGGCGGGAUUCUGCAAGCCACCUCCGCGCUUCUUCUGUGUUUCGACGAGUCGGAAGUUAGGAAAAUCAUUAGGGAAUGUCACAGAGUUCUCGAUUACUUGGCUGUGGCUGAGGUUAUCGAAACCUUAGAUGAGUUAGUGCAAUUUUUGCGCGAUUUGAGUCCUUGUUUGAGUAAAGUCAGUCGCGAGGUUAGUGCGAGAGAGAAGGAGUUGACGCAUCAGGUGCAUUCGGAGAUUUUGGUGCGAUGUCUCGAGCAGGUCAAGACUUUGGCCCCCAUUCUCAUUUGCUCGAUGAAGAUUUAUAUCCAGAUAGUGUCUCAAGGGGGCAAACGCGCCGAAGAAGCCAUCGAAAACCGGAACUACCUGGCCCAACGAAUGACCGACGAAAUCAACGAAAUCAUCCGAGUUCUACAACUGACGAGCUACGACGAGGAGCAAUCAGACCUGGACAAUCUGACCGUUUUGAAGAAGUUGCAGAACGCGAUCCAGAACAAGAUUAACACUGCCAACGAUUGGCUGCUGGAUCCGACGGCGGUGAGGGGCGGCAUCGGCGAGAAGUCGCUAAGACAGAUAAUCGAGGAUGCUCAAAGGGUGGCCGAGAGGUGCCUACCCCAAGAUGCCCACAGUAUUAACAAAUUGUGUUCAGAACUGAAUACGAUGACGGAUGCUUUGUGCGAGCUGAGGCAGGACGGGAAAGGGUCGACUCCGCAGGCCGAGUCUUUGGCCAGGGGGAUCAAGGAGAAGUUGGGGCACUUGCAGCAGGCGGUGUUGAAUGCCGUGGUGGCUGUGGAUAAGGCGGGGCUCCAGCAGACGGCUCAUACCGUUCAAGGAAGGUUGGAGCAAGCCCGGAAGUGGUUGUCGAAUCCGGGGCAAGAUGAUAAGGGUCUAGGGCGUAGGGCGAUUGCGUUGAUUGUGGAAGAAGGGAGAAAGGUCGCCGACGGCCUCCCCGGCGUCCAAAAAGCCGAAAUCCUCCAGCUCUGCGAAGAAGUCGACUCCCUAUCCCGCGACCUCGCCGAGCUCUGCGCCCAGGGCAAAGGCAACUCGCCCGAAGCCCAAGAGAUCGCCCGAAAGCUCUCCCAAAAACUCCACGAACUCAAAGAACGCAUCAACCAAGCCGUCGUCAACCGCGUCGUCGAGGACUUCAUCGACAUCGUCACCCCCCUCAAGCAAUUCACCGAGGCCGCCCUGGCCCCCGAGGGCACGCCCAACCGCGACCAGAACUUCUCCGACAAGGCCGCCAACCUGCAGCAGUUCUCGAACCGCGCCGUCAAAACCGCCAAGAUGGUGGCGGCGGGCGGCAGCGGCGGCAACAAGAAGCUCGCCGAGUCGCUGCAGAGCGCCGCCAACCAGGUGGACAGCCUGACGCCGCAGCUGGUGUCGGCGGGCAGCAUCCGCAUGAACUACCCGACGAGCAAGGCGGCGGACGAGCACUUCGAGAACCUGAGGCAGCAGUACGCCGACACGGUGACGAAGAUGCGGAAUCUGUGCGACGAGGCGACGGAUUCGGCCGAUUUUAUCAAGGCGUCGGAGGAGCAGAUGAGGAAGCACACGUUCUUGUGCGAGGAGGCCAUCAAGAACAAGCAGCCGCAGAAGAUGGUGGAUAACACGUCGGCGAUUGCGAGGCUGGCGAACAGGGUGCUGCUGGUGGCGAAGCAGGAGAGCGACAAUUCGGAGGAUCCGGCGUUCAUCGAUGAUGUGAACAGGGCGUCGGACGGGCUGCAGGGCACGGUGCCGCCGAUGGUGCAGGACGCCAAGUCGGUGGCGGUCAAUCCGGGGGAUGCGAGCGCGGUGUCGAGGUGGAGGGACUCAAAUAAGGCGUUAUUAAACGCCGUUGGAGACGUGCGCAAGGCCGUCCAGAUCAACCCCGACCUGCCCCCACUCCCCGACAUCAACUCCCUGAACUUAGAACCCGCCCCCAACAGUUACUUUAUUGACAAAGUUGGCGAACCGCUAAGAAACACACCGACUCCGGGCCGAGAUACGGGGGCGCUCAGCCCCACGCCUCACCAACACGGACGCGUCAGUCCAUUGCCCAAAUGGGCCAGAGGGGAUAAUUCCGACUUGUUGUGUCAAGAACUUAUCCCCAGCGCUUAUCACGAACCAGAGAUGGCGCCGCCGAGACCACCUCUUCCACAAGAUGGCGCCCCGAUGCGUCCCCCACCACCGGAGACCGACGACGAGGAUGACGUGUUUAGGCACGCCCCGAGCUCCAGCCAACCAAUCAUGGUGGCCGCCCACAGCCUCCACCACGAAGUCCGCCAAUGGUCCGCCAAAGACAACGAACUCAUCGCCGCCGCCAAACGAAUGGCCGUGCUCAUGGCACGCCUCUCCGAACUCGUACACAACGACGACAAGGGCAGUAAAAGGGAACUGAUUGCCACUGCCAAAGCCAUAGCUGAUGCCAGCGAUGACGUCACGCGCAUUGCCAAGCAACUGGCUCGAGAGUGCACAGACAAGAGGAUCCGCACCAACCUGCUGCAGGUCUGCGAAAGAAUCCCCACGAUUGCCACCCAACUCAAGAUUCUCAGUACCGUCAAAGCCACGAUGUUGGGUGCACAAGGGUCCGAGGAAGACCGCGAAGCCACAGAAAUGCUGGAAGGCAACGCCCAGAAUCUCAUGCAGAGCGUGAAGGAGACGGUCCGAGCCGCCGAGAGCGCAAGCGUCAAGAUCCACGCGCAGACGCACGGCAAGCUUAGGUGGGUACGAAGACAGCCGUGGUAUGCCUACGCUUAAAAAAAUAAUAAUCUCUUUGGUUGUUUAAUUAUUGUCGAUCGAUACUGUGUUCAGUUUUGUUAAGUUAACACGUCGAUAACAAACGAGGCGGUUGCGACGCAAGGUCGCGAUCGUCACUAAUUAAUCCUCUAUAGUUAUUAGGAAAACUUGCCUUAGUGGAAUAUGAUAGUUAUUUUUCUAUGCUUUACCGAGUAAGGAGAUAUAUAUGGAGAGUAUUUAUAUAAAGUGCAAUAGUGCCAAAUUUUAUUUUUAAGUAUAUGUCUAUAGCCAUGAUUGUUAUUAUUUGAGAGUACAAUCCUAUCUGAAGCAAUACCCAUGGCUUGAACUUGUUAAAGUGCUUAAAUAUUUAAAAGGUUGCUUUCAAUGUUUUUAUUUCUAAUAUUAUUAAUUUUUUUAACUAUUUUAUUUGUAUUUGGAAUGAAUUUUAUGUAACGGAUUAAUAAAUUUGUUUAUAUUUAA